AUGCGUCAGGCACAGGAAUCCAUGCCUUUCGCCGACGAGCUUGAUCCCAAGACACAAGAGAAGGAGAAGAAAAAGAAGAAGAAAAAGGACAAGGAGGCGCUGCGGGAGGAAGAGGCCCGUCGGCAAAGACAAAUCAAGCAGCAACAACGCAGGGCCAAGUUGAAUGAGCGGCAUCAGAAGAUUCGGGACAAGUACGGGCUGGAAGGUGGAAUGCCCGUCAUCACGCCAUGCGAGGAGAAACCCCCAAAGCAGGAGGACUUGACUGGCUACCUGCUGAAACGAGGCAAGGUGAACACAGCCUUCAAGAAGAGGUGGUUCCAGAUUGAGGAUGGCCAGUUGUCGUACCACAAGCACUCGUUUGAGGCGCCGUGUGGGUUCAUUCGCCUGUCCGACAUCAAGCGUGUGCGGUUACUGGACAAGCAGAGCCCACCAGAGCUGCUGCUGGAGACAAGCGCGCGCACGUUUGUUCUCCGCAGCCCGUCUGAUUCCUCCAGCGAGCUGCAGGCCUGGGCAGCCGCCAUCGACCUUGCCAUCCCUUGA